AGCACGUCCCCCACCCCCCCGUCCCAAGCCUCUGUUGCCUUUGAAGACUCACUCUUCCUCUUCAAAGCCCACGGACAAAGAACAUGCUGGACGCGGAAGAUUCUGCGACUGAAAGGGCUCCUGAAGGACAGCUCGCAGCCUAUGCUGCGGCCGAAGACUUAACACCUCCUCAGACCGGAAUGGACCAAAUGGCCCCCGACGGCUGGUUGGGACACCCCGUGAUUGAACAGCCCGGCCUUGGCGUUACCACGACUACGGUCACUACCAUAACACAGACAGGGGGAGGAUGGAGUACGGGCCUCUUCAAUGUGUGCGGGGACACGACUACGUGCCUCCUCGGCGCUGUCAUUCCCUGCUGCCUGGACCUGAGUCUCGCCCAUCAGUACGGGGAAUGUUUGUGCCUUCCGCUGCUGCCUGGCUCCACGCUCGCCAUGCGCGUGGGCAUCAGGGAGAGGUUCAAAAUACGGGGCAGUGUGUGUGAGGACUGGCUCACUGUCUACUGCUGCUACCCGCUGGCCGUCUGCCAGAUGAUCCGAGAAGCCAGAUGUACCAGGUGUCCACCACACUGCAAAGCUCCUGAAGACCUGACUGUGUGA